UUUGAUUGCUAGUUCUUAAAUGUUCUUCCAUACCCUUAAAUAAUGAAUGCGGAGACGAAAGGGUGCGUAGUUCAAAAUAUGGUGGCGGCUUGUUCACUAGCCUCCGUGUAGAGCUCUCCUGUCAAAUGGCUAUUUCCGAUUCCACAGCUGAACGUGAAUGUGAAGGCACAAGCACCUCGGUGAUUCCUUCAAUUCAACGCUCCCAAUUUAAAUACACUUCUUGUUAUUGUGAGGAGAAUGUAUAUAUGCUUUGCAAAAGUUUAUGCAGUGCAGGAGUCGCAACUUCACAUGGGUCUGACCUCUUUGUGGUCUUCAUCUCCAAUGAAAACAGACAGAUUCCUCUUUGGCAUCAGAAGCCUAGUGAGAUUGAAGGCUUGGUGAUAUGGGAUUAUCAUGUAAUAUGUGUUCAGAAAUCCAGAGAAAAGGAUGCUCAAGUUCUGGUGUGGGAUUUGGAUACAAUGCUUCCAUUCCCAGUUCCAUUGCAUCAAUACAUCACUGAUGCAAUCCGGCCAUCAUUGCCUUUGUAUCCAAAUUUCCGCAGGCUUUUCCGUGUAAUACAUGGUCCAAUAUUCCUUUGCUCUUUUGCAUCUGAUAGAAGACACAUGAAGAGUUCUGAAGGAAACUGGAUUGCACCUCCUCCUCCAUACAAUUGCAUUACUGCAGAAGAUGGUACUGUUCAUAAUCUGGAAUCCUUCGUCUCAAUGAGCAUUGAAAAUAUCAACCAAAAAAUGGAAGAAGCAUUAACUGAUGUUUUCAAGCUACAAACUGGGGUUGUGAUAGAUGAAAACAAAUUAGAAGAUUUUUUUAUGCAGAUCCUAUAAAAUUAAACAAAUUCUAUUAUCAUCUUAGUUUCAGGUUCUCUAUUUCUUUAGAGCAACUAGUCUUUUUCAAGAUUUUAGGUAGAUAGAAAGAUGAAUCCUUUCUGCACUCCAAUAUGUGUUCUAUGCUUUUCCAAUCCAACUUUCCUAUGUACCAUUUUCACAUUCCAACCGCACACCUGGAUUCCAUCUAGUCAUAAAAUUAAUAUUUUCUCUGCAGCAUUUGAUGGUAUAUGUCAAGCAUAUCAAUGUUGGAAAGGCUUUUCAGCCCAAUUCCUGAUGCCAAGAAUCGGUGAAGGUGAAUAUAUCUCACUGUUCACUUCUAAAAAUCUGUAGAUAUAUCCCUGCACAAAUUCUUCUUAAUCAACGUAGAACAAAAAUAAAUUGUCAUUUCUGAUUUAUAAAUUACACCAGUGAAAUGGUAGGUGAUAACAAUAUUUAUUCAGUGAUCCCUAGUGGAUUUUAUUUGACUGGUCAGUGAAAUACUUACGAUUAUGCAUACAGACACUGUGAUUAUCUCUUUAAAAUCUUAAUCAAUAUUGUUAACAUGUUUUUUUAA